AUGAGAGUUGGACAGCUGAAAUCAAGAAUGCCUCAUCCACUGUCCCUUCUCCUCCUACUCCCAUUGAUUUGUCAUGGACAAAUUCCAACAGAUUAUGGAUCAAUGCGUAGUAAUCCAUUGCCAACUGCAUACAUUCCAGUUGGCGUUGGCUUCACUCCAGACCUCACGAAUCUCAAGGACGGCUUCGGGACCUUUGGAGCAUACAUCGGAAACCAGAACUACAAUGCUGAGACCUAUGUCACAUGUGGAAAGAAACAGACAAAUUAUCUGAAUCCUCAAAUGGUAGAUAGUGCCGGUGCAGGUGUCCAUGUCGUCUGUGAACCAUCUCCGGAUCGUGUCAUUGUGACAUUGGAUGGAUCUCCGGCGAUUUAUAAACAAUGGAAGAGAGAUUUGAAGCAGGAGUGUGAGAUGUUCACGUGCUCUUCGGAAGACUAUCCGGCUGCUGGAACACAAAUCGGAGUAAUGGAUGUUAAGGCGUACUACGAGUAUAAUGGAUCUCCAACUCCAUCGAAACCACCGAUGUUGGUGGAUGAGAAGGAUGUGAAGGUGAUGUCUGCGGAUCCGGAGAAGCCAGAGACAAACGUGUGCAAGAAUAAAAAGGCUGGAUAUUCUUCAGAUCAAGCCACUGGUUCAGUACUCUUCGCCAACGAAGGAAAAUGCUACAAGACUUAUGAAGAUCUCAGUGCCAAAAUUGAAGAAAGCGGAACUUUUAUUCAAGUGCCAAGAUGGUUGAAACCAGGAGAGAAGGUUCGAAACAAGCGAUCGUCUUUCUACCAUGGAGAACACGCUCCCUCUAGUGGCACUCGUACCCCAUACAACUUCCAAUCGAUCACCUCAAUGGAUGGAAUGAAUUAUAAGGAUUGUCUAACUGCUUGUGACGUUGGAUCAGUUGUCAAGUACUCCAUGCACCCUUAUGCAUACCAAAUGACAAUUCGAAUGGACACUCGAAAAUGUACGGCGUUUAGAAUCUGUAUCGCUCCUGAAAGUCAUAGUGAUGACAGUGUUGUUCCCAAAUGUGACCCUCAGAAAAUCAUCGAUGUGAAUGUGCAGAGUGGAAUUGUGACAUGGCCAAAUACGGGACGUUCCUCGCUCAUUGAGCUUGACCAUCCACACAGAGAUAAGGCUUAUCCAUUGGCCAUCGAAUUCGGUUAUGGAAUCGAUAUCAAUGGAAAGCAACAAGCCGAGUAUUACAUUGGAAACGAUCAUCGAGAGAUUGUGUCAAGUGAUUCGCUUGGAUUCUCGGCUGAGGAUUCGACGAAACUUGCGUUCUUUUUCCCGACGGAAGACUGCUUGGCACCGAGAGCUGGAAUCUUCUCGAAGAACAUUCAACAUGGCCGAACCCUGACCAGAUCGCAAAGUGUGACAAUGGGAGCGCCGUACAAUCAAACGUCGAAGAUCCCAAUCACGGCUCCUCAAGCAGAAGUCGUCACCACCACGACAACCAUCGCACCCGUGAAUCUCCCUCUCACGACGACUCAGGCGGCGCCACGUGCGAUUCCAGAUGCACUCGUCGGUGGUAAGGAUGUUUUUGAGACGAACGCCUUCUCGAAAGCGUUGUACGUGGAAGGCAAAUGGUGGACAUGGGGAAUUUAUAUUGGAUUUGUGAUUGGAACACUUUUGACACUGGGUAUUGGAGCUGGACUCUUCUAUGCGCUUCGGAGAACUGUCUUUGCCAUUUGGUACCGUGGAAUGUACAAACGAUACGGAUGCGAUGCGUCAGGAACCACUGGAGGCAUCACUGGCGUUGGAUUUGGAAACACUGUAACUGGCGACGUAACGGUGCAGGGAACCACUGGUGGAACGACGGCUGGAGAAUCGGUGAUGGGAACAACUGGUACAACUGGUGGCACUACUGGAACAUCGACUGAAACGUCGACACUACUCGAUAAAACUGGCGGCGGAGAGCAGAAAUCGCUUGCCAUGUGA